UCUGCCAGUUGACUUGGAGGUGGCGCAGUUUGUCCUUUUGCCGGAGCGGCUCAGUCUCCCGGCAGCUUGUACGUUACAACCCAGGCGCUGAGUGAGGACGGCUGGUCCCCUAGUAAGCUCUACGUGUCUGCCCGCUCGGCAUUUUCAGCUACGACUCUCAGGGAGUAGGAGCCAGGAUGUUGGGCGCCGUGACGGAGCUAAUCAACCGCACGCUUGAUUUCUACAGCUGGAGCCUUACUAUCUCAGACAAACGUGUUGAAAAAUGGCCUUUGAUGCACUCUCCAUUACCUACUCUGACUAUAAGCACCUUAUAUCUUCUUAUUGUUUGGUUGGGACCCAAAUGGAUGAAACACAAGGAACCAUUCCAGUUACGCUUCCCAUUGAUUAUCUACAAUUUUGGGAUGGUCAUUCUGAAUUUCUUCAUAUUUAAAGAGCUAUUUUUAGGAGCAAAAGCUGCAGGAUACAGUUAUAUAUGCCAGAGUGUUGAUUAUUCUGAUGAUGUUAAUGAAGUCAGAGUAGCUUCAGCACUCUGGUGGUACUAUGUCUCCAAAGGAGUUGAAUAUUUUGACACAGUAUUUUUCAUACUAAGGAAAAAGUUCAACCAGAUCAGUUUUCUACAUGUGUAUCACCACUGUACAAUGUUUACAUUGUGGUGGAUUGGAAUCAAAUGGGUGGCUGGUGGUCAGUCAUUUUUUGGUGCACAUAUGAAUGCCUUGAUCCAUGUUGUGAUGUACUUGUAUUAUGGAUUAGCUGCCUGUGGACCACAUCUUCAGAAAUAUUUGUGGUGGAAAAGAUAUUUGACAAUAUUACAGCUGGUUCAGUUCCAUGUGACGAUUGGCCACACAGCUCUUUCACUUUACAUUGAUUGCCCCUUUCCCAAAUGGAUGCACUGGGCACUGAUUGUGUAUGCAGUUACCUUUAUUGUACUCUUUGCUAAUUUUUACUAUCAGACAUACAAAGAACCUAAAGGACCUUCAAAGUCUGGAAAAGUUAGCAUGAAUGGAAAAGCAGUGAUGAAUGGAGCAGUCACCAAUGGGACAGCACACAAGCUAGAGAACAAAGUGGGCCUGGAAAAUGGUCGGAAAAAGAAAAAGGGCAAAGCUAAGAAAGAAUGACCCCAAGCCUUAAAGUAUUUUGAUGUAUUUAUUCAACAAUAGGAUAAGACACUGCUCUAAAUAUCUAGAGAUAACAAUUGUACUAAUAUUUUUGAUUAUGGGUUUGAUCUGGAAAUGUGAAACCUUUUUUAGGUAUAAAUGAAUAUUCUUCACUGGAACUGCCCUUUAUUUAUUCCUCCCUGCGUCUUGUGCUGUAGCUAGUGAUGCUCUAUUUUUAACAUGUUUCUCUGUGGGGAGGAAUAUAUUUCCAGUUGGCUUGUGAAUUGCAAGGGCGUUCCUAGGGAAUAAUAUGUUUUAGCAGUAGAGCAUUUCUGUAACCAGCAAUUCAGACGAUUAAAUGGGAGGCAGAAAUCACUGGAAGAAAAGUUUAAAGGAGGGAUAAUUAUAUUCUGCUAGCAGUUAAGCAUGUCAAAAUAUUAUGGCAUGUUCUUCUCCUUGGUUCAAUAAAGUAAAAGAUGCAAUUGUAUAUAAUUGCCAUACAAAGGGAAAAAAAGAAUGUGGAGUUUAAAUUUGCAGAGGCCACUAGUGUUAGACAUUUGAAAUCUCUUAUCACCAUUAAAUGUUUUAACAACAAAUUGUCCCCUGGUAGAAAGUGAUUUCUAAUACUUUAUACUUUGUCAUUUAUUAGUUUGUUUGUGCGUGUGUUUGUCUCUGUAAACCUUGGUGCUAAGCAUAGCAACCAAACAUCAGCACCAGUCUCUCAGCACUCAGAUAGGUAACUACACAGGAGCUUUACUGUUUAACUCUUCAAAAUCAUGUAUCAGGUUACAGUAUGAUAAGCCCUUUCAGUGCCAAUGUUUAUUUUUUCCAGUAAAACAUUUCAGGUGCUGAGGACUGACAAUGCUGAACCUCUGUUCAGUGAAAUAAAAACACACUAGAGCAGCAA